ACACCGUACUCCUCCUCCCCCUUCAAUCCGAGCUUCUACUUGGGAAUCGGCGAAUGUGUAGCUGCAGAGACUAGUGGUUCUUCUGCAGACACAGAGUGCUGCGAAUGCGUUGGCGGAUCGUUCCGGGCCGAGUUGAUAAAGGCGACGAUAGACGGAGAGAGCUUUCGUGGCAUUGCUGAAUCGCUUGAAGGCUUAACACCCUGCCAAGCCAUCGGAGUGGCAAACCCGGGUAUUCCUCGAUUCGACCCUAAAGACAAUGUUCAGUUGCAUUGCCGCUAAAUUUCUUCCUGCCUUUCUUCUGAAACUAGUCCUAGUCUCUUGCUCACUUAUCCUGUAAGCAAUGGAGACACUGUAUCAGGCUUGGCCUCAAAGUUCAAUACCACUCCCCAAGCUAUCAUAUCCAUAUCUGUCAAUGAUGGAUCACUAGGAACGUUCGAUCCCGAUAGGCUGAUUCUGCUGACGUUCAUUUUGGUUCCAAUUAAUGUUCAGCGUAUGCUUGGUUCUCCUGCUAAACCCCGUAAGCUGAUCUUGGAUUUUGUGGACGCUAGGGGUCCGAUAGUCGAGCAACACAAGAAGAGAUCAAGAAUGUGGGAGACUUGGAUUUACGUUGCUGCAAGCUGUGUGACAGUUGGGAUCAGCCUUGUGAUUGCGGCGGUCGUUGUGGUAAUCCAUUACAAGAGGCUGAACCGGAAUUUAUGCAAGCCCGGGAGUCUGGCCGAUGAUGUGGAGCUGCAGCAACUCAGUUUGAGUGUGCGAACCACGAGCGACAAGAAAGUUUCCUUCGAAGGUUCGCAAUGUCCGCUGGACAGUCAGAUUAUCGACCCCACACCGCGUAAGAUGCAGGUCGAGAUGUACACCGUCGAAGAACUCAAAAGGGCCACCGAGCACUUCAAUGUAAGUAACCACAUCGAGGGGUCGGUCUACCAUGGCCGGCUUGGCGGAAAGAACUUGGCAGUGAAGAUGGUGAAAACGGAAACUUUUGCGAAGAUCGAGUUCGGUUUAUUCCAUGAUGCCACCCACAAGCACCCAAACAUAAUUAGACUUCUGGGGACAUGUCCGACGGAAGGCCCGGAUUCUUAUCUUAUCUUCGAGUACGCGAAGAACGGAUCGCUGAAAGAUUGGCUUCAUGGAGGCUUAGCGAUCAAGAGCCAAUUCAUAGCUUCGUGCUAUUGCUUCUUGACGUGGAGCCAGAGGCUCAGGGUUUGCCUUGAUGUGGCGAUGGCCUUGCAGUACAUGCACCACAUAAUGAACCCGAGCUAUGUGCAUAGGAACGUGAAGAGCCGGAACAUCUUUUUGGACGAAGAAUUCACCGCGAAGCUCGGGAAUUUCGGCAUGGCUUGCUGUCUCCAGGACGGAAGUGGGAAUUCGCCGGCAGAUGAGCCGGACUCUUGGAGCAAGGCGUGUUUAGCACCUGAAUACAUUAGUCAAGGCACCAUAUCGCCCGGCCUCGACAUCUUUUCGUACGGGGUUGUCAUGUUGGAGGUGUUGUGCGGUAAAAUGCCAAUGAUCUGGUCGGAGAACAAGGGAGAGGAAACAGUUCGGCUGUCGGACCAAAUCCAGUUGAUUCUCCGAUCAGACAAUGCGGAUGAGCUCAGGGAAUGGAUGGACGCCGCUUUGGGCGAAGACUACUCAUUUGACGGAGCAGUCACGUUGGCCAAUCUAGCAAGAGCUUGCACGGAGGAAGAUCCAUCUAUGCGGCCAAGCGCCGGAGAAAUUGUCGAGAGGUUGCUGAGGUUAGUGGAAAAACUGCCGGGAGAGCACGGUAUGUUGAGUGAGAGCUCCUGUAAGCCUCUGGUGAAGGCUGCUGCGACCAACCCGCCGUAAAUAACUGCUUGGAGAUUGAAAAAGUUUCAGUUCUGAAAUGUGAUCUAGUCAUUACAAGUUUCUCUUUAGGCCAAUGUCCUAGUUUCCGAUUUUCAAACUCCUUGUCAUGUACAUUCGUGGUCGAACUGGAAUCUAUAUCAGAAGCAUGUUGAAGACUCUGUAUCCCUCCUUUUUCACGCAUCAAUAAAACUGUCUUUAAGUCGGAACUGGCUUUGUGGCGAAUGCGUUUCUUUUUUUUUUUUCUGUUGCUGUCUUACGUUAAUUUGCAGCAGCGCAAACGGGACGUGUAGUUUUUGGGAACCAUGUGGCGCGUUCUGAUACUAGCAGGGCGAAAGAUUUCGGAGUUCUCAUUUACUCUUCAUCUUCAAUCGAAGAUCAUGACGUCACACGCU